AUGCGCGUCCUCGUCGUCCUCGCGCCUCUGUUCCUGGCCACGGCCAUCGCCCAGGGCAACAACUCGAACGCCUCAGAUGCCGUCUCCGCAGGUGGUGGCUCCUCGUCCGCCGCCCCCUCUUCGUCGUCCUCGGGUUCUAAUGCGAGCGGCAACUCGAGCGACAACACCAACUCGACCUCAAACACCAGCACGGGCAACUCGACAGGCAGCUCGAAUUCCAACUCGUCGAACAGCGGCGGCGGCGGCGGCGGCGUCGUGCAGACCACAGCCAAGUCGAUCGGAUACGCCAACCCCGACCCCACGCCGCCGUCGCCGCUCGUCCCGACCGACGCGGGCGCGCAGCGCUCAGGCGUGACGCUCAGCCUCGCGGCCGCGGGCCUCGGGGCGGCCCUUGCCGCUGGCCUCACCCUUGCCAUGUAA